AUGACGCCGCCAAAUCUCAGAACAGCAAGUCAAGCCGCAGCAACUAGGCCGCGCUGGGAUGACGCUAGACAAGAACCGACAGGGAGGAUCUGCCAAGAUCUUACAGGAUCCGGCAAGAUAUGGGACGGAUCUGGCAGGAUGAGACGAUUGAUAGGAUAUCCACCCACGAACCCAAACGACAACCACCAAUCCCGGCCCGCGAGCGGCGGAGCUGCUGGUUGA